AUGGCGGCGCAGAGCAACAGCUUCUACGACCUCAACGUCCCGUGGCAGCCCACCGACGACGUCUCGCGCACCCUCGCCUUUGCGCAGGAGCUGGGCUACAGUGUCGUCGCUCUGAACCACACCAUCUAUGGCAAGCUGCCUGCCGAUCUGAAGAGUCCCAUCCCGAACCCCCUCCCCGCCAAAGACACCCCCAGCAAGCUCACCGUCCUCCGUCGCGUCACCCUCGUCCUCACCGAAACGCAUCAGAACGCUCGACUGGCUGCCCUCGCCAAGGAGUACGAUCUGCUCGCCCUACGACCCGUCGAUGAACGCACCUUUCAGCUGGCCUGCGGUUCGCUAGACUGCGACAUCAUCUCGCUUGACCUGACCCAGCGACUCUCUUUCUUCUUUAAGUACAAGACCCUGAGCGAAGCCAUCAAAUCGGGGAAGCGCUUUGAGUUGAGCUAUUCUCAAGGCUUGCUUGGCGAUGCCACCGCUCGCCGCAAUCUCAUCAGCAAUGCCACCCAGCUUAUAAGAGCGAGUAGAGCGAGGGGUUUGAUCAUAACCUCUGAAUCCAAAGCCGGUGCAGUGGGGCUGCGAGGGCCAUGGGAUGCCAUCAAUCUGGCUGCUGUGUGGGGAUUGGGUCAGGAACGCGGGCACGAGGGUAUGAGCAAGGAGGCGAGAGGCGUGGUGGUCAGGGCCAAGUUGAAGAGGACGAGCUAUCGCGGUGUUGUUGAUGUGGUAUACGGUGGCGGGGAUUGA